AUGCAGGACCAGGGCAUUCCACUCCUGGAGAAUCGACCGCAGCAGAACCAGGCGGCAGCUAGAGCAGCACCCAGGCCUCAACAGCCUAGACAGGGGCUGCCAGCUCAGCAGAGAGCUCCCCAGGCUAGAGUUGCAACUCUAUCCUUUAUUGAUUCUGCUAUUGCAUCUAAACUAGCAUUGAACACCGCCAAGAUGCAUGUUCCCUUAGUUGUAGCAUCCCCUAUGGGCAAGUUUGUGGAAACUGAUAAGGUAUGCAGGGCAUGUCCCAUCACGCUCGUAAAUUUCGAGGUUACCGUGGAUCUAAUUGUCAUGCCUGUCAGGCAGUUUAACGUCAUCCUUGGGAUGGACUGGCUCACGUUGGUGCGUGUGGUCAUGGAUUGUUGCGACAAAAUAAUAACUAUAUCCAUCCCAGGGCAGUUCUCUUUCACCUUGAAGGGGAGGGGUAGAUGUCGUGAGUUCGAGAGCUUGCAGGCUCUAGAGAAAGCUGAGUCAGUGGAAGUCACCAUCAGACGGAUACGGGCAGUCUGA